CACGUACAAAAACCCCAAGAGACACAGAGAAAAAGAAAUAUUCUUUAAAAUGAAAAUGAUAUCUUCAUCAUCGUCCACUAAAAUACUAAUAGGCAUUUCUGAUGAUAGUACAGAGCUUCUUUCUUGGGCAAUUACUGUUCUUGCUCAUCCUAAUGACAACAUUGCUGCUCUUCAUGUUCUUGUUGGUGAUGAAACAAAUAAGAAGAAGAAGAAGCGGAGCGAAUCAAUUAAGAAAGAACAAUGGCGAAUUCGGCAGGCAAAAGCUCAUGUUAUUUCUGUACUUGGAGAAUUUGCCAGGACUUGCAUGUCUUUGCAGAUAAAUUUGGAGGCUAGAGUUGGGUUCAGCUCAAGUGUAGCAAAAGGACUAAUUGAGGAAGCAAAAUCAAUUUCAGCUGAUUAUCUCAUACUUGGCCGAUCAAAUAAAACUUGGCAUGAAGUUGCCAAAUACUGUUAUAAGCAUGCUCCUCAAGGUUGCACUGUGGUGUCUAUUGGUAAAUGUGAACAACCUCCACAAAAUUCAAUUCCAACAUCAGUAAAAGAAACUCCUGAAUCAAAUUCAAGAUGGUUAUGCAAUGCCAAUUACAAUAGUGGAAGUACUGAGUCCAUUGGAAAUGACACUGAAUCAGAAACAAAAUCUCAAAAUAAUUCAUCACCAAAAACUGUAUUAGAUGAAGUUGACGUAGAAUCUAACACCACAGAAGAUGAUUCAAUCAGCAUUGAAGGCUCAACCAUAACAGAGUCACCUCCUCUGCCUCCAAAAAAGCAGAACUCGGCUCGUAAAAUAUUUUCCUCAUUCUUUACUUCGCCUUUACGAAAAAGAAACUACAGCUUUUCCAACAAAGAAAAAACCCCACCUCGUCUCAUUUGCUUCAGCUAUCAACAGAUUGCCAAUGCCACGAAUAACUUCCACACUCGUAACAUAGUAGGCCGAGGCGGAUAUUCAGAAGUGUAUAGAGGCGAUCUUUCGGAUGGAACAACAAUUGCAGUGAAAAGACUAGCCAAAGACAACAAAGACGCCACUAAAGAAAAAGAAUUCCUCACAGAAUUAGGCAUAAUUGGGCAUGUUUCUCAUCCCAAUACUGCCAAUUUAGUUGGCUGCUGCAUUGAAAAUGGACUGUACCUGAUCUUUGAUUUCUCCCAAAAUGGAAAUUUAGAAUCUGCAUUGCAUGGAAAUUUAAGCGAGUCACUUGAUUGGGAAGUGAGGUUCAGGAUUAUAUUAGGAGUGGCUAAAGGUCUGCAUUAUCUUCACAAAUGUUGCAGCCAUAGGAUCAUACACCGUGACAUUAAAGCCUCCAAUGUUCUUCUUGGACCUGACUUUGAACCACAGGUUAGUAAUCUUGAUUGUCGAAUCGAGCUAACUUUGUCAUUUCGGUUCGGUUAUUUGGUUUUGAUGAUUUUUUUGAUGCAGAUAACAGAUUUUGGGCUGGCAAAAUGGCUACCAAACAAGUGGAGUCACCAUGCAGUGAUUCCAAUAGAAGGUACAUUCGGAUACUUAGCACCUGAGUAUUUCAUGCACGGCAUUGUCGAUGAAAAAACCGAUGUUUUUUCCUUCGGAAUCCUUCUUCUGGAGAUCAUAUCUGGCCGGAGACCGGUCGAUCAUUAUUCGAAGCAAAACCUUCUUUUAUGGGCAAAGCCUCUAAUGGAAUCAGGAAAAAUCAGAGAAGUAGCUGAUCCAAAACUUGAAGGAAAAUUUGAUGAACAUGAAAUGUUCAAAGUUUUGUUGACUGCUUCAUACUGUGUGAGACAGUCAUCAAUUUGGCGGCCAUCGAUGACCCAAGUGUUGGAGCUUCUAACGAGUGGACAUGGUGAUGACUGUGAGGUUUCAAGAAGCUGGAGAAUGCCUAAGUUUACGUCUGAUGAGCUUGAUGAUUACUCCAUGUUUUUUGGAUAUGAUGUUCCGGUUGACUUUCAUUUUGAGGAUUUUUUAUAGUUUUUUUUUUGUUCUAAUGCCUUGGGUUUUAGUUUUUAUUUUAUUGUUUUAGGGUUUUAACAAUCAAAUUUGCCUGCCCUGUCUAAUGUAACAAAAGUUUGAGUUGAGUUUAAGAA